CAUUUUCCAUUUAUUCACAAUUAAUUUUUUUAAUUUAAUAUAUCAAAAUAAAUUAUUUAAAUGUACUCGAAACAAGUAUGUUACCGUCUUCUGGAUUAUUCAAGCACACUAUAUGCCCGCAUUAUAAAGAUUCUUCAGUGAACUGUCAAAGACCCUAUUGUCAUUUUUUGCACACUAAAAAUGAUAAUCUUAUUGAACAUUUGAAUGAUCCUGUUAUAAAAGAAGCUUUGUUAUCCAAACAAUAUCACAAUGUUUUGCGGCAAAUUAAAAGCGGCGCGUUCCAAGGUGCAGAAUUACAGCCCGUAUUGUCUCAGCCUGAAAAGCCUAAGGAUUGUAAAUAUAAUCCAACUCCUAUAUCAAAGCUGAAAACGGACAAGUUGGGUUUACAUGAUUAUGUACCCAGCGUAAUAUCAGAUGAUAAAAAAUCUACAGAACUUGUUAAGAGAAAAUCUUCACCAAAAUUAUUGCAUUACAUACCUUCUGUAUGCAAAAGCUCUGAAGAUAAAAAUAAUGUUGUUUCUUAUACACCAACUUCAAGUAAAAAACUUAAUCUAAAUGAAAAUAAAUAUGAACCUAGAAGUGCAUCUAAUCAAGAAGAUAAGACAAUUGAUAAAACGGAUUACAAGCCUUCUUCUAGUGCCCAAGUGAAAAAGAAUGAAAAUACUUAUGAGCCCUUGAAUACAAAUGUUUUACAACAAGAUGUUGAUAAUGAUAAAACUCAUACAUAUAAGCCUUCAUUACAUCAUAAUUCUAAUAAAAAUAGUAAUAUUUACGAACCACAUGGUACCUCUAGUAGCUCGAUAGAAUAUCAACCUAGCCCAGAAAAGUCACAGAAAAGAUCUUCUACUAGUAUUUUAAAUGAAAUAAGUAAUUUGUCCGAUGAAAAGCAACUUAGUAUUAAAAAACCUAAACUAGAUAUUAAUUUUGAUAAUCUUGAAGCUGAAUUUAACAUUAUUGAUGAGAUAUUAAAUGGAAAUGAUUGCAAAUCUGAUGAGUCCAAAUCACAUCAAAGUGAGAGAUCAAAUAAAGAAAAACAUGAAAAAGGUUCAAAAUCGAAACAUGAUAAAGACAAUAAAAGCAAAAGUAAAUCUUCUUCAAGCAAAUCAACUUCAAGUAAAAGUUCCAGUCAUCACCAUAAAUCAUCACAUUCUCAUAAAUCAAAAUCAGCAUCUUCUACAAAAAUAAAGAAAGAUGAAUCUAAAUCAAAUAAAAACUGUGAUAAAAAAGAUUCACACCAAAGUAAAUCUAAGCAUGACAGUAAAUCUAAAUCUCAUAGUAAAAGUUCUAGUGAAAAUAAAAUCAAGAAUAAAGAUAGCAGCUAUGGUGAUAAAUCAAGUAGGAGCAGAAAAACAAACGAGAUUGUUGAAAAAAAUUCAUCUCCAAAGGCCAAUUUGGUUGGCAAAGGAUACAGUUUAUUUGAAAGCGAUGAUGAAGAACUAGAUCAUCCGGUAAAUAGUACUGAUUUAAAAGAUCCUAUAGUUUUGGAGUGCCUAAAAAUAUCAGAGGAAUAUAACAAUAGCUUAGAGAACAAUUUUCAAAAUUCACUUAAGGACUGUAUUAAUGAUAAGGAAAAGAAAUCUAGUAAUGUUGAAAUACCAGAAGUUGCAGUUACAACUAAGAAGCGUAUUGCUCAUAGUUUAGCAAAUACAAUAAUAAGACCAGCUGCAAAACUUGUUAAAAAGUUCACUCCUGCAACGUCCUUUGUAGAAAGAUACAAAAAGAUAUUGGAGUCACAAAAACAAAAAGAGUUUGAAGAAUGUGAAAAACGUCUAGAAGAAUUAACAAAUUCAACAAAACCUAUUCCAAUUUCAACAACUUCUGCAUCCUCAAAAUCAAAUUAUUCAAUUACAAAUAUCAAGUCAAGUUUUGCAAGCAUAGUAAAUGACAGGCCGACAUUGUCUAAACCCAUCCCAGUAAGAAUAGCUCAUACCCCAAAGUCCCAAAAUUCAGAUUCAUCUACAAUGCAAACUUUAAAAAAGGGUACUGUAAGGACAGCUCAUGUUCCCAAGGAAAAUGUUCUAAAAAAACUGGAUGCAACAAACCUUCUGGGAACAAAUAACUCUAAAAUACCAUCUAAUGUAAGACUUGCAUAUCUGAAUUAUAUCACUGAAGCUUGCUUAGAAAUGCACAAAAAUGAUGUUGAAAAAGCACAUAAAAUGGGACAAGAAGAAGAAUUAGCUGUUGUUAAAAAAUGUAUGAAUAUCAAGGUGUAUAAAAAUUCCUGCUUGGCAACUAUAUUAAAAAUUAGGAAAGCCACAAAAGAAUUGCAAAAUUCAACUAAUGGCAUGUCAUCAGGAUCUUUAACUAUUCCACUGCAAUAUGAAAAAUUAUCAAAGGCCCAUAGAUACAACUUGAUUAAAAAAUGGAUAUUGACAGAAGAAGAUUUAGAAACAAACUCUUAUCCAAUGCCAACAUCCACUAUUGGUAUAGCUCGAAUUAACAAUGAUAAAGCUAAGUUAGUACCAGAAGAUAGAAAGAUCAGACAAUGUUCACGCUGUCCUAAAGAAUAUUCUGUAGAUGAUGAUGGAAUUCCAUUAGUAAGAGAAGCUUGCAUCUACCAUCCUAGGAGGUGUUAUAAAACUAGAGGCCGAUCUAUAUAUGGAUGCUGCGGUUUGGAGUUAGGAUCAAUAGGUUGCUCUUCAGGUGACCAUGUUAUUGAGGGGAUUAUAGGUCCUGGAGAAGGUCUUCGUACUGGAUUUGUGCAAACGCUUAAGAAACCGCCUGGUCAUUCAGCAAACGACAGUAUAUAUGCUUUGGAUUGUGAAAUGGUGUAUACGACAAAGGGAAUAGAACUGGCUAGAAUAACGGUUGUAAAUGAUGACUUAGAUGUUGUUUAUGACAGAUUUGUUAAACCAGAGAAUUCCAUCCUUGACUAUGCCACAACGUUUUCUGGCAUUACAGCAGAAAUGUUAAAAGACGUCACAACAACCAUUUUUCAGGUUCAGGCAGUUCUUCUGAAUAUGUUUUCUGAUACGACUAUCUUGGUUGGACAUUCUUUAGAAUCUGAUCUCAAAGCAUUAAAAAUUGUUCAUAAAUUUGUUGUUGACACGAGUAUAUUAUUUCCUCAUAAGGCUGGUUUACCUUUCAAACGUGCACUGAAAACGUUAGCCACAGAGUAUUUACAGAAAAUAAUCCAAGAAUCAGGCUAUGGUCACGACAGUGCAGAAGAUGCACGAAUCAGUAUGGAGCUGGUUAUAUGGAAAGUUAAAGAAUCAUUUAAAACUCAAUGAUAUUGAAUCUUUUGAAUUAAGCAAUGAAACAGCAAAUUUUAUAUGUAUUUUAAUAUGUGGAGACCCAUAAACUAAUUAAAUUUAUAAUGUUUCUACUCAAAUUGAAAGUUAUAUUAUCUUUUCUAUCCAAACUGUAAACUG